GGGCAGGAUUGGGUAGGGAGGAGCCCAGCUGGGUUAAGGGUGGAGCCACCUGUUUACUGCUUGGAAGUCAGAACCUGAGCAGGAAGGAUCAGGCUGCUUAAAUUUGGCUGAGGCUGAAGCCCGUAUGGCCUUCCUCCUGGAGACGAGCGUUUUGGAGGACAGCUGGGAUUUGUUUUUUUCUGCAAUACAGUGGAUACAGUUUGUCAUGGCCACUCUGAGUGUUGUAGGUUCAAGUUCACUUAUUGCCUAUGCUAUAUUCCAGAACAUACAGAAAUCUCCAGAGAGAAGACCACUCUUUUACCUGAGCUUCUCUGACCUCCUCUUGGGGAUAUACUGGCUCACUGAGGCACUUCUCUAUGGAACUUCAACAGCCAAUAAGGACAUUGUCUGCUAUAACCUGCAAGUAGUUGGACAGGUAUUAUACAUCUCCUCAUUUUUCUACACCAUCAAUUAUAUCUGGUAUCUGUACAAAGAACUGAGGAUGAAACCUAGCCAGAGUGCACAGAGGACCUUUUCACUGGUUAUAGAUUAUACCUGCCGAAUUGGUCAAAUAGCCAUCAUUUUGUCCAGUCUGAUACCUCUACUGUUGAUGGUACCUGUAUUCUGUUUGGGCAAUGUCAGUGAAUGUUUCCGCAACUUCAGCCAGAGCCACAGGUGUAUCCUGAUGUACUCACCACCACCAGCCAUGGCUGAGCUCCUGCCUUCUGCCAACACAUCAGUCUGUAGCACACUUUAUUUUUAUGGGCUCAUCAUUUUCCUGGCCAGCUUUGUACUCAGCUUCUUUACCAUUGUGGUCUUACUCAUUCAAGCCCAGACACUUUACAAGAAGUUUCUGAAAUCGACUGGCUUUCUGGGGAGUGAACAGUGGGCAGUUAUUCACAUCAUGGAGCUGCGAGUGCGCUUCUACCCAGUGGCCUUCUUUUGCUGCUGGAGCCCAGCUGUCAUUCUGAUGAUCAUAAAACUGACAAAACUACAGGACACCAAACUUCAUAUGGCCCUCUAUGUUCUCCAGGACUUUGUACACUUUUUCUGCUGCUGCUGCUUCUUCUCUGAAUAUCUUCUUCUCCUCUGAUCCUGAUGAUUCCUAGGAAAGACUUUUAUAACAAAGAGAUUCCCACUACAGUGCAUCCCUGGAAGAACAGUCAGAAUUACCAGUCAAGUGACACUAGGCUUAAUACGGGAAGGGCCCAUUCUCAAAUGCCCUGAAUGGGAUUCCUAAAAGAGAAAUCACUCCAAAACUUAACCCAUUAUCACCUGAUUUCGUAGAAGAAAGGAUAGGAGGCAGGCAAAGUAACAAACUGAGGUCAUCAUUAUCAUGGCCCGGGUGAAACAGCAAAUUGAUUGUGAGUUGAUUUCCCUGGGACACAAUUAUUUGUCAGUGACAACAGUUGUUUGGACAAAGAUUAAAACUAUGCUGCCUGCAAGAAUAGCUGCUCCACCCUCAGAGUGCUACAUGAUGACACCUACCUUUUGUCUAUGUCACUUCCUAUUCCUCUUGAGCUCUCGCUCUUUAGGGGUGUCCUCACUUUGUAACCACCCUCAAAAAACAGCAGUUGUAGUACUCUUUAGCCGAGUUCCUGCUGUCUUCAUAGAAGGGCAUAUCAAGGAGAGGAAACUUAGACGUCCAGCCACUACAGUGGUAACAGAUCAGGCCCUAGGAAAAGAAAAAUAUAUAACCUCUUCCCUCAGUCCUAGUUUCUGUGGAACAGCCUUCUCCUCUUGUCAUCUAGUACGCUUUUGAAUUGACACUGUAAAGUUUCCAGAGCAGGGGUUUGUGGAUUUCUGAGUAAACCACUGGCCUCUGCUGUUUAAUGCUGUUUACACCAUUCUCUACUCUCUAUUUUAUAGCCCAUUUCAAACCUCCAGUCCUUUUCCUUUUUUUACAUUAUUCACAAUAUGUUUGUUUAUUUGGUCAAUCCUAGAAUACAUGUGGAGUAUUUUUAGAGUAACUAACCCAGGCCUCUGUGAAAAGGAAGUCUAUCAACUGGAGAACAGAGUUUAUGUUCAGUUCCUUUAUCUUUAGCCUUACAUAUGAGGUCAAAAUAAUGUUUCCCAGAAUUAUUUAGAUUGGUACUGUUUUAUCCACACCUAUUCAGUGUGGUCAUGUUAUUCAUUUCUAUUAUAGUUAAGGCCAUAUGUUACUAUUUGUAUUUCAUUCUGAUUUGCUCCCAUAUUUUGGAUGAUGCUUAUUAUUUAGGGGGAGUAUGUGAAAUGUUACCAUGAUUCUAAAAGUCAGUGUGUGCUACGUUGCUUCAGUUGUGUCUGACUCUUUGUGACACUAUGGACUAUAGCCUGCCAGGUUCCUUUGUCCAUGGGAUUCUUCAGGCAAAAACACUGGAGUGUGUUGCAAUGCUCUCCUCCAAGGGAUCUUCCCAACCCAGGAAUCGAACCCACGUCUCUUAGAUUUCAUGCAUUGGCAAGUGAGUUCUUUACCACUAGUGCCACCUACUAUACCAAAAAAGUGUACAUCUCCUUGAGUCUUUAAUCUGUUCCCAUGUCCUCAUUCUUUCGACUCAGUUUUCAAUCAUCAGUCUCAAUAGCACUUGGUUUAUUUUUCCUGUGUUUCUUUCUGCACAAAUAAGCAGAUACAUGUGUAUUUCCUUAUAUUCUCCUUUUUCAUAUGUAAACGUAGCAUAACAUUUUCUACUUUCCUUUCUAAACUUAAAGAUAUAGCUUGUAAAUCACUCAUAUCAGUUUAUAAAAAAUCUUCCUCAUUCUCUUUUUUAUAAUUGCGUAGUAUUUAGAUUAUGAAUGUACCAUAAUUUAUUCAGUCACUCUCCUAUAUGUGGGCUUUUAGGUUGUUUAUUUUGAAAUUAUACACUAUCAUCAGCAAAUAAUGUUGCACAUAUUUUUUUUGUGGAAGAAUACUCCUAGAAAUGAGAAGAUAGUGCUCAUACUAAUUACAUUUGUAGCUUGUCUGAUAUUCCCAAAUAUAUGAAGGGAACUUCAGAAGCUUUUUGCCACUUUUAAUUCCCACUAGCAAUGUAUUAGAAUGCCUGUUUCUCCAAAAUCUAAGCAACAGAAUAUAUCGCAAUAUAUCAGUUCACCAAACUGAUAGAGUUUAAGAUGUCAGUAUUGUUUAACUUUUACUUUUUCUAAUUUUGAGUGAAUUUAAAUGUCUAAUAUGUUUAAAAGCCAUUUUUUUAUCUUUUAAUAAUUGUUAUUAUUUUUUUCCUAUCAAGCUCUUGGUAUUUUUUUCUCCUCAGUUUUCUCCCUGUAGCUUUAUUGAAGUAUAAUUCACAAAUAAAAUUUUAUAUAUUUGAAGUGUACAACAUGAUUUGAUGUAUGUAUAAUUGUGAAACAUUUAUUGUGAAUAUAAAUUUUAUAAAAGAUAAUGAAUAGUUUAAAUAAUUUGGGGAAUGAAUCAUGUGGGAGGAACCACUCUACUGAGUUUCAAGACUGUGUGGUAUUGGUGAUGGGAUAGACACAUAGAUCAAUGGAACAGAAUAAAGA